AUGGAAUCCUUUUAUGCGUUGGCUUUAAUAGCAGGAAUUCUGGUUGCUUUUUUAUUACUGGUUUUAAUUGCAACUUAUCAUAAUUCCUUCAAGGUAGAGAUUCCUCCUGAUGCUGACCAGACACUAAAGCUCCGCUUCUAUCAUUACACAUAUAUUCUGAUGGAAAUUCUGGCAAAGAACUUAGAAAGUUUGGGUGUCUUCAAGGAGCACAUACUUAUAAGGUUGCUUGUUGAUGGACUGCCAGCAUGCAGGGAUUCAAAGUGCUUCAUAAAGGAUCUGCAUUUUGAUGAGGUGCCGGUGAGAAUUUACUGCCCAAGAGUACCAGCUGCAAACAAACGGAGAGGAGUCCUCAUCUUCCAUGGAGGAUGUGGGAUGUUCGGAAGCAUCAGAAGUCAUGAAAGAAUAAGCCGGUACAUAGCCAGAAAGACUGAUUCAGUGGUUGUGUCUGUUGGGUACGUUUUAUCUCCUGAGCAUGAGUAUCCAGCCCAAACUCUGGACUGUCUCACUGCUACCAUGCACUUCUUGAAGACUGCAGAAAACUAUGGGGUGGAUCCUCAUCGGAUUAUUGUUUGUGGGGAUAGCGCAGGGGGCACUUUUGCUGCUAGUGUUUGCCAAGAACUGGGAAAUAGAAGAGAUAUCCCAAAGAUACGUGCCCAGGUACUGAUCUAUCCAUUUCUCCAAGCACUGAACUUCAAUCUGCCAUCUCACCAGAAAAAUGCUUUCAGUGCCUUCCUGUCCCGGGAACAUACAGUCAAGUUUAUCCUGAAGUACCUGAAGAAGGACUGCUCUAUGAAGGAAGCUGUUUUGGCAGGCUCUCACAUUCCUGAGAGUAUGAAUUUGAGAUACAAGAAAUGGAUAAAUCCAGAUCUUAUCCCAGAGAUAUUUAAGCUGGGUUAUAAACCACCGUUACCCAGUUCAUUUCUACCUCAAGUCCAUGAAGAAACAAAAGAACUGGUUGAGACAAGAUUGUCCCCACUGUUAGCAGAAGAUGCUGUUGUUUGCUGCCUGCCUGAUACUUGUAUCAUCACCUGCGAGCACGAUGUGCUCAGAGAUGAUGGACUCUUGUACAAGAAACGGUUAGAGGACAACAAUGUCAAAGUGACCUGGUUCAACGUGGAAGGCGGCUUCCACUGUGCACUGGGAUUUUUUGGUUAUGGUAUUUUCUCUUUUCCAUCAUCAAGUAAAAUAGUGAACCACACUGUAAACUUUAUAAAAGGCUAUUAAAAUGUUUUCUCCAAUAUAGUGUACUGGUAUGCAAACAGAGGAUGUUCCAAUUAACCAGCUACUAGCUAUU